AUGGUCAAUUAUAUCGACACCGAAGUUUUCGAUUCCGAUUCGAAGUCUCCUCCAGCUCCUUCGGAUCACAGUGAGUCUCAAGAUACAGAGCCGAUUGAUGAAGAAAUUGAGCUUGAUAGCUCGUUGCUUGAAACCCCAUUUCAAAACCUCUACGAGGACACGGAGCUCGUAGUUUACGGAAAUGACGAAGAGACACUGGACCAGGAACUUGGCGGUGUCGAAGGAGUGGUGGAUGAUAGUGAGGAUGACGAAAAUGGAGGAAAUGGAAGCGUCGCUGCUGCCGAAUCGGCAGUUUUGCGGGAGCGAAGCCCCAAAGCUAAAGCUAGACUUUUGGAGUCUGAUGGCUCGAAUGAUCACGAAUGUCAAAGAGGUUCUUUGCCGAUGACUGGUGGUGGUCAUAGUCCAGGGAUGGAUUUUGUGGAUUCUCAAGAACCUGGAGAGUCAACACAAGCGAAUGCGCUUGGCUUUGUGGACCAGUUUUUGAUGGACAAAGAUUUGGAUUUGUCCCCAGUGGGUCACCGGGAAACUAGUUGGAGGAUGAAGUCACCGCCUUUCUCAGGUGCGAAAGGACGUCAGUCUCUGGCCAAAAGCAUCAAGACUAUAAGUCCAACCAAGAAAAUGAGAGUCUUUGAUUGGGAUGGUGAUGUCAGUGACUCUCAAAACUCUCCAGUGACUCCGAGUGCAGACUUUACAUGCUUCAAGAGAGGAGAAGAUCAUGUUACCGAUGAUGAUCCUGGAGUGAAGAAAGGAUCUUUGGAUCCGUGUGAGAGUAGAAAAGUCUUAACUCAUCCCACGCAGAGUCUUAUGCAGAUGGAACAAACAUUGGGUCUCUCAGAGAUGGAUGCUCAGUUGCAGGAUAAAGCGUCAAAGGAGCAGUCGGAGCCUGAGGAAGAAGAGUUUAUUGACAUCGGUAUUAGCACUCAGAUUGCUGCUGAAGCAAUGAGUUCUUUACUGUAUGCUCCUUUUACUAAAGUAGAAUCUCGUGAGUCAGAAAUGAGGGAUCAAGUCAGUAAUCUCUCUAGAAGGAACAAUGAUACCAUUGAGGGUAGAAACAAGAAGAGAAACUCUACGAGAAAAUUCAAUACGAAAGAGGCAACGUGCACAAACGUCUCUGCUAUAACAAGUCUUCUCAACUUAUGUGAAUGGAGUCAUCCCAGGGCCAAAAGAUCACGUCUUACGCAAAGGCAUCACGUCUCACCUAGGAAAUAUUGGGGUGCUAGGUUAGUUAAAGACAGAAGCGAAACCAACACUUGGUCAAAUACGUUACGGAAAUCAUUAAGUGGGACAAGACAAGCCUCUUCUUGCCAAUCAGGUGUCAGUAAUUUGGAUCCAUCUCCAAGGAAAAUAUGUGGCAGAAGUAAAAAAAGCUCUUGCAACAACAAUCUAAGUAAGCCAUUCCUUAAGAAGGAGAUUACGAGGCUUGGAGGAUCAGGAAAGGUAGGGGACAUCGUGUGGAAAGACUUGAGAAGACGAAGAAACUUGGCACAUGUUAGAGUCUUAUUCAGCCAUAAUCUGGAUGACGAAACAAUCAAGCAGCAGAAGAAGAUCAUGGUUCGACUGGGGAUAUCUCCGGCAUCUUCCUCGGCAGACUCAACACACUUCAUAGCAGAAAGAUUUUCUCGGACAAGGAAUGUGUUGGAAGCCAUAGCCCUUGGCAAACCUGUUGUUACACCUCUAUGGCUGGAGAGCUGUGGACAAACAAGAUGCUUGAUAGAUGAGAAGAAUUACAUCCUAAGGGAUAGCAAGAAGGAGAAAGACGGGUUCUGCAUGCUUACAUCUUUGGCCCGUGCGAAGCAGCAUCCUCUUCUUAAGGGGUUUAAAGUCUGCAUCACUCCCAACAUUAAACCCGACAGAAGUAUGAUUGCUGACUUAGUGAAGUUGACUCAAGGGCAGGUAGUGGAAAUAAGCGAGAUACUUGCUGCAGAGGAUAGAGAAAUUCCAGAUGAUCUAUUGAUUCUUUCUUGUGAAGAUGAUAAGGAUUUCUGUCUUCCUCUCAUUAAUCAAGGAGCUGAAGUUUACACCUCAGAGUUUCUGCUGAAUGGAAUCGUGCUUCAGAAACUGGAAUAUGACAGGAAUUGUCUCUUUUAA